AUGUACAUAUACACAGAAGGAAAUCAACAGAUUAUCGGAUGUACGGCUGGAUUAAAAUGUGGUGGUGACGUGAGCAAGCUGUUUGAAACAAGUAUUGAUGUUCCUGGAGAUUUCGGGGAGAUUGGAGCAGUGAUUGUUGAAUUGGAUGAUGAUGUGAAAGAGAGGUUUAUCGACACCAUUACUAUUGAUUUCAAGAAGUGUACCUUGUUGACGUUUAGCUGCAAAUCAUGGGUGCAACCCAAAAGUAGUACUCACCAACGAAGGAUCUUCUUUUCGUCCAACAAGGUGAUGUCUUAUUUGUCGGGAAAAACACCAGAAGGACUGGUGAAGCUGAGAGCAGAAGACCUUGCAAAUCUGAGAGGCGAAAAAGAAGAUGGAUCGGUAGAUAAAAAGAAGCGUAAUGCAUUUGAAAGAAUUUAUGAUUACGAUCUGUACAACGACCUCGGAAAACCCGACGAAUCAUCAGAUUUGAUAAGGCCUGUUCUUGGCGGUUCAGAGGAGUAUCCUUAUCCUCGACGUUGUAGAACUGGUCGUGAUACUAGUGACAAUGAUAAACAUGCAGAGGAAAGGAUUGAGGCACCUUUUUAUGUUCCACGAGACGAAAACUUUUCAGAGGAAAAGCAAGGAAGUGUUUUAGCAGAAAACGAGGCAUUGCUGGGAAAAGCUCCUUUCUCUGACCUCCCUGAACUUGACAUUAAAACGCCUUUCGCUGCUUCCAAAAUUAAUCAACUUCCAUUUGAUAUACCAUCCCUAGUUUCCUCUAAUCAACCACCUCCUCUUAAUUCAUUAGACGAUGAACCCAGUAGUUCCGUUGAACUUCCACUACCAGAGUCCUACAAGAGAGACAAAUACAAUUGGCUGAGUGACAUUGAAUUUGCUAGACUCACACUUGCUGGUCUAAACCCUUACUCUAUACAGCUAGUCAAAAGUUUGCCGUUUAUGAGUAAGCUUGACGAGGGAGUUUAUGGACCUCGAGAAUCAAAAUUCACUCACGAACUAGUUCAAGAAUUACUUGGAUGUCGCAUCAAAGUUUGCAAGGCAUUAACCGAUAAAAGAUUAUUUGUAUUGGAUUACCAUGAUAUUUUAAUGCCAUAUGUAAGCAAAGUAAGAAAAAUUGAGUGGACGACACUAUAUGGAUCAAGGACCUUGUUCUUUCUAAACUCUGAUGACACUUUGGAGCCACUGGGAAUUGAGCUGACUCGACCUCCAAUCAAAGGACAUUCUGAACAAUGGAAAGAAGUUUUCACACCAGGCACAAAUUCUACAGAUGUAUGGCUAUGGAGGCUUGCGAAAGCCCAUGUCCUUUCUCAUGAUUCUUGCAUUCAUCAACUUGUUAUUCACUGGCUGAGAGCUCAUUGUUGUAUGGAGCCGUAUGCCAUCGCCACACAUAGGCAAUUAAGUACGAUGCACCCAAUAUAUAGACUAUUGCAUCCUCAUUUUCGGUAUACUAUGCGCAUAAAUGCAAACGCUCGUAAAAUCCUCAUCUGCGCCGGUGGCAUCAUUGAAGGAACAUUUUCUGCCGCAUAUCAUUCAAUGGAACUUAGUUCUUCAGCGUACAAAGAGUGGAGAUUUGAUUUGCAAGGCCUCCCUUAUGAUUUAGUUCACAGGGGAAUGGCGGAAACAAAAAAAGAUGCAGAAUGUCAUGAGGUUAUUGAUAAGUUGACCAUCAAGGAUUAUCCUUUUGCAAAUGAUGGUCUCCAAUUAUGGAAUGCUCUAUGGGAAUGGGUGACCGAAUAUGUGAACCACUAUUAUAAAUGUGAUAUGAAUGCAGUAACUAAUGAUAAAGAGCUGCAAGCUUGGUGGAAAGAAAUCAAAGACAAAGGGCACCCAGAUAUAAAGGAAGGAUGGCCUAAACUAGAAACCAAAGAAGAUCUCAUUAAGAUUGCAUCAACCAUAGCAUGGGUAGGAAGUGGGCACCACGCAUCUAUCAAUUUCCUUCAAUAUGCAUAUGGCUAUAUACCCAACCGACCCAGUGUUGCAAGGGCCAACAUGCUCACAGAGAACAACCCCAGUGGAAAAAUUUCCAAAGACUUUCUAAACCAACCUGAAGACAAGUUGAAAGAACUCUUUCCUACAGAUGAACAAGCUACCAUAGUGCAACAGACUAUGUUUGUGUUGUCAAUUCAUUCUUCUGAUGAGGAGUACAUUGGGGAUGAUAUAGAGCCAGCCUGGGCUCUCGAGCCGUGCAUAAGUAAGGCCUUCGAAAGGUUUAAAGCCAAAUUGACGGAUCUUGAAAAGAGGAUCAACGAGCUUAAUGAGAACAAAGAUUUGAAGAAUAGGUGUGGAGCUGGGAUUAUACCAUACGAAGCUAUGAAACCACGUUCAAAGCCUGGAAUCACUGGAAGUGGAGUUCCAUACAGCGUUUCCAUCUAAGCAUAGUCUUCUCCAUAUUUAUUUCCAUUUUGUUUGUGUGUGUUCUUUCUUCUUGCAGGUUUUCUUUUUCUCUAAAAAUUAAGAACAUAUGUCAGCCUAUUUUAAGUGUGUUUUCCUUUUUAAGUACUAGUAUGUGUGUGUCUCAUUUACGUCCAAUAUGUCAUUGUUAUUCCAUGUUUUUAAUUAUAAAAUAAACGAGGAAGCAAAUGCAUUCUUGACUUUUUCUUCAUA